CUCAUUGGCAGAAAGUGCUUUCACUUUCAGUUCCUAAGAAAUGGAAGCUUUUAAACGGAAGUGAGGGAUUUGGUGAUAUUGAACAAGGUCCCAGAGCAGACCUUCCUGGAUUUCCCAAAGGCCAGAUUGACCCACUGUGAAGCACUUCAGGUGAGAAGCCACGAAGCGAACCAGGAAGUUAAACAAACACAGACCAAAUAUAAAAGCGAGUAAAAUGAUGGAGGAACGACGACCCAGGAGGAAACAGGGGGAGAUAUCAGGCCAGAGUGGAUGUCUGGCAUCCAAGAGGCUGCCUGUGCUCAAAGGGAUGUCAGAUCUAGAGAGGAAGAUGGUUGAGGACAACCUUGUCGAGACCUUUAAAAAGAAUAAAUUGGAAAUAUCCAAGGCCAUAAAUACCCCUUCUCCUUUCCUGGAGAUACUGCGAGACCACUCUGUUAUCUCUGAGGAAAUGUACCAAUGUGCUCAAAAGAAGUACCAAAAAUUGGUGCCUAUAUGCAAGGGGUCCAUAUGUACAUACAGCAUCCUCAUGCAGCUGGAGAAGAAAUUCAGCUCCAAGAUCCUGGCAGCCUUGUUUCAUCCCACCAACCUGCAGGAAUACCCACUACUAGUCCAAAUCCAAAAGCAAUUCAGAGAUGAGCCUCUAGAUGAAUCAACAUCAGAAGUCAACAUGGGGUCUCCUCUCCAGAGAAGCAGCCUGGAUGAGAGUGCAUGGAUUAUAAGCACUCCUCAAAGCUCUGUCCAAGAGCCUCUAGAUGAAUCAACAUCAGAAGCCAAUAUGGGGUCUCCUCUCCAGAGAAGCAGCCUGGAUGAGAGUGCAUGGAUUGUAAGCACUCCUCAAAGCUCUGUCCAAGUCCCUCUAGAUCAAUCAACACCUGAAUCCAAUGUGAGUUCUCCCGUCCAGAGAAGCAGCCUUGAUGAGAGUAUAUCUGCCAGAGAUGUGCAAGUUCCUCUAGAUCAAUCAACACCUGAAUCCAAUGUGGGGUCUCCUGUCCAGAGAAGCAGCUUUGAUGAGAGUAUAUCUUUCAGCGAUGUCCAAGUCCCUCUAGAUCAAUCAACACCUGAAUCCAAUGUGAGUUCUCCCGUCCAGAGAAGCAGCCUUGAUGAGAGUAUAUCUGCCAGAGAUGUGCAAGUCCCUCUAAAUCAAUCAACACCUGAAUCCAAUGUGGGGUCUCCUGUCCAGAGAAGCAGCCUUGAUGAGAGUACAUCUGUCAGUGAUGUCCAAGUCCCUCUAGAUCAAUCAACACCUGAAUCCAAUGUGGGGUCUCCUGUCCAGAGAAGCAGCCUUGAUGAGAGUACAUCUGUCAGUGAUGUCCAAGUUCCUCCAGAUCAAUCACCACCCGAAUCCAAUGCGGGUCUCCUGUCCAAAGAAGCAGCCUGGAUGAGAGUACAUCUGUCAGAGAUGUCCAAGGAUCAAAGAUUGAGAGCUGCAAGGGACCUCAGAAGCCGUCUAAUCCAAUGGAUCCAUUUUGAAGAUGAGAAAACUGAGGGCCAGAGUGGCUAAAGGACUUUUCCAAAGUUUCCAGGCACCAAGAGGCAAGGCUGGGAUCGGAAGCUAAACCGUGGGACUCUUAAGCCCAGUGCACUUUCCACCAUGCCAUGCUGUGGCCGUAACAUUGUGAUGGGGGGGGUGGAAGGUAAGGGAAGCCAGUGUGGUUUGGUAUAUUAGAGCUCUCCAACUUUGAAAGCCCCAGUGGGUGAUGGAAGAUAUUCUCUCUUCCAUUGACUUUUAAAAUUU